AUUCUGAUCAAAAUUUUGCGAAUAAUUCAGUAGCUUUACAAAUGUUUGAUCAUAAUUAUAAAGUCAAUAUUACCGUGAGACUUUAUAUGUAAAUAUUUGCGGAAUAAACGUGAUAUGACAUGAGACAUUAUUAUUAUUAUAAUCAGUGCAAACUUGGCGGUUCUUGUUAUAAAAAAAUUAAAUAUUUAUUCAGUCCCCUAAAGCUUCAAAACAAACAUGUUAUUAUAAAAAUAAUAUUAUUAUAUUAAAUAAUAUUAUAUGCCAAAUAUUUGAGCAAAUUCUAAUCUUAUCUGUAUGCAUUUCAGCCUCUGUGAUUUAUGCCAUAUUUACAUUACUCUAUCCGCUGUAUGGAAUUCUUUUUUUGAGUCACGAGUCUUGGAACUUCUAUAUCCCACUCUUGGAUAUGAAUUAUAGAUCGUGGCGAAUCUUUUUAUUAAUGAGCGGAGUUCCAAGUGUUUUGUCUGUCAUCGGAAUGAUUGUUUUUAUUCCUGAAUCUCCAAAGUUUACUUAUGCACAAGGUGAUGAGGAUGGAACACUGAAAAUACUUCAAAGAAUCUUUAAAUGCAAUACAGGAAAGCCAAUUGAUGAAUAUGAAGUCAAAAGUCUCAUUAAGGAACAAGAGUUUUGUAACGAAAAUUCAGCCAAGAACAAAGGAUUCUUCAGGUUCAUGUGGUCACAGACAGUUCCAUUAUUUAAGCAUCCACACUUGAAAAACACUUUGACUGCAUGCUAUUUACAAUUUGGUGUUUGCUUGUCAGCCAACGGAUUUUGGACAUUCCUUCCAGAAACCUUAAAUCGAGUAUCAUUGUGGAUGGAAAGUGAAGCAUCAAAGCCUGCAAAUCCAACACUUUGUCACAUUGUUAAUAGUUUUGACAGAAUCAGCAAUACAUCAAUUAAUGAAGAAGAACAUGUUUUUUGUGUAUCUAAACUAGAGUUAGGGACAUUCACAAAUGUUACUAUAUUAUUGAUCUUCUACAUUUUGUCCUUAUUCACAUUAUCGUUGCUGAUUAAACGAGUUGGAAAAGUCUUGAUUAUAUCCACAAUUAAUAUCAUCGGAGGUGUUGCAAGUCUAUUGUUGAUGUUUACAUCAAUUCCUUAUUUAUCAAUUGCUAUAUACUUUAUGAUGCUAUUGUCAAUUGUAAAUUUAAGUGUCAUCAAUGCGUCAACUGUCGAAUUGUUCCCUACUUCCUUGAGAGCUAUGGCAGUCUCAAUAUCGAUGAUGAUUGGUAGAAUCGGAAGUGUUGGUGGAUCUAAUUUUUUGGGACUUUUGAUCAAGAAUUAUUGUACAUACACGUGGAUUUUACCUGCUGUGUUGCUGUUUUCUGGAGGAUUUCUGGCUUUAACAAUACCAAAUAUUAAAAGAGCUCCUAAAUAGAAUUUAUUGACUAGAAGAAUUCAAUUUAAAAAAUCAGUCAAAAGAAAAAUAGAUUUAAUUUAUAUUAGUUGAAAUUAAGGUCGGAAUGAUGAGAUAACUUAUGAUAUUUACUAGAUAAGCG